ACACUAAUAAAUAAGCAACAAAAUAAACUGUAUAGAAAGCUGUAGGAACUGUAGUUAAUUUGCAAUAAAAUGCGUCCAGUCUUUUAUAUAUUUACAAUAACCGAAGUGGUGCUCACAUUGGUAAUCAUACACUACAACAUGAUGGGAUUCUACUCGCAGCCCAUAGAUCGCCUGCCAAUUCACACGCAGGCAAGAAUGCUGUUCUAUACUAUAUCGACCUAUGUAUUUUGCAUACUGGCCUCCUUCGAUGCCAUCAACAUGUGCACGGGACAGAAGACAUUGCUAAUCAUGUCCAUACUGCGCACUUUCUUUGGCGCCGUAAUGUUGUUGAUAAUAUCGCUGAUGACGCUGGAGGAUGCUGAGGGCGAGUAUCAUUUGUUUCACAUGAUAGCGGAGACGAAUCCGAUAGGACCGGAGAAGCCAGUGCAUCCGUUUUUUCUCUAUCAACGUGGCCAAGCGUUCUGGGCGCUUGCCUGCAGCAUGUUGCAUAUGUUGCACUCACUUACGGGCCUGGAUGUGCUGCUUUCGAAUCCGUAUGCUAAGAACGAUGACGACGAAGUUGUCUACGAGUAUAAGGACUUUGAGCCAGUGCGUCUGUACCUGCUGGGUGAAAGCACACAUGAGUAUUUGUGGCGCUAUCGCUGGUUUCGCAGUCUCUGCCAGGAUGAAACAAUAGCUAUUUGAAAACAACAACAAGUAAUUUGGGUAGUGUGCAGCAAAUUUAUCGAAUGAAAUCAAAUCAAUUUGGUUGGACGCUCGCGCUGACGUCAGUUGACGCACAUGGCAAGAGCAACAGUUAACAGUUGCAAAUAUGACGACAAUGUGCCGCAGAUAAGCAGCUGCCAGUAUCAAAAACCCCACACCAAUGCCCAACACCCGGCAACGGCAGCUGAGAACCUACCCAACCAAAAAGCCAAAGCGCCUGCGCUGCACCAAAUAAAAAAUCAAUAAAUUAUGGACUUGCUGCUGCAAAAUAGACAGUCAAGAGCAAGGCAAAGCGUUGGCCCUGCCAGUGUCACACACACAUACACACAUACACAGGCAAAGAGAGAGAGAGCAAAGCUUUUGCUCUGAACUUACUAUCAUUCAUAAAAACUGCGCGUUCACUUUCCUUAGCCUUACUCAAGGCUAUUUUUAACGCAAACCAGCACCGGCCGGAAAUUUUCGCAUGUCGUCUAACUUUUUGCUAGAAAAGCGAGAAAUAUAUAA